AUGUUCGCUAAAUCGGAAAAUUCAGUCGACACUGCCAAAACCGAUUCCCCAAUAGAUUUUGCUAAAUUAUUCAACGUUUGUCGUGUGACACUUCGUGCACUCGGCGUAUUCACUGUAAACGAAAUUUUCUCAAAGUCUAAGAGAAAAAUUUGGGACAUGAAGGCACUCUACUACGUAUUCUGGUUAUUACCCACAUUCUUCGCUAAUUUUUGCGAAUUUCGAAGUGUCCUGUCUUUCUGGGAGACCGAUGUAUAUUACGCCCUGGAAGUGACAACAGCUGUUCUGAGUGGAGUUAUCGUUAUGGCACAGGGAUUUUUCGUAUAUCAUUCACGAAAUGAAUUGUUAGAAUUAAUCGCUGAACUUCGUAAUCUGUGGCAGAGGCAAUUAGCUAUAACUAUUACAGAUGUUAUUGCGAAGAAAGUCAAGAGGGCGAAAUUUUUCACACAAGUUUAUGCUACACUCAUCAUACUUCUAGCGAUAACUUACUCAAUUAGGCCAUUUCUUUUGCUCCUGACACAUGUUAUCUCCAACAAAAACGAGACAUACGACAUGAGUCAAACCGUUUUCCAAGCGAUAUAUCCCGUCAGAAUUGACACAUUUCCGAGAUAUAUUACAUGGAUUACUCUUGAAACUCUGGUAUUUGUGAAUGUCUCGGCGUCAUGGAUAGGAGCUGACAUGAUUUUUCUGCAAUUAGCGACGCACCUCUCCUCACAAUAUCAAAUUCUCCAUGACGACCUGAUUGCACUUGGGACUGUGGACGGUCCAUCAGCUUCUAGUCAAUAUACUCCAGUACAACAAUUAAAUUCUAUGGGCAAACGUCAUGCACACUUGUUACUAUUGUCAGACAAAUUCCAAAGAAUAUUCAGUCCAAUUUUACUGGUUCUCAUGCUGGUCACGAGUGUCAACAUUUGCAUAUGCAUCAUCAAUCUUCAGGAAGAACUGAUGCGACAGAAUUAUGCGGGAGUUAAUAAAUGUGCUGUGCACACUGUUAUAGCUAUGAUUCAACCAGCGAUUUAUUGUGUUUACGCAAAUGAUCUUACUGAGUGGGCUGAAUUAACAGCGAUAGCGGCAUAUGCCUGUGAAUGGGUGGACAAAACCCGAUAUUUUCGACACUCCGUACGGCUGAUCACGAUGCGCGCCCAGGAAGGCUUGCAAUUUCGCAUUUAUGGAUUUUUCAGUGUAGAUUUAAAUCUGUUAACGCAGAUUGGCGUUGGGGCUGCAAGAUUCUUCGCGAUAAUCAAUAAUCUCUCAGGAAUGGCGGAUUAAGAAAAGGACAGUGAAGAAAAUACCUCUGAUCGACUCCUGGAAUGCAAUUAUAAAUGAAUGAUAAUACACUAUUUUC